AGAGUAACAAACCCCUCCCCUGUUUUUCUCUUUCUCUCUCUACGCCACAAUCCACGUUCUCUCACCCCAUUAAUAAACCCACGUCACUCGAUUCUUUGUUGGAUUUUAACAGCUAUAACUUGAAGAAUUUCAGGUGAUAUUUGUGUGGAGAAGAGGUUUAUAGGAGUGAAAACAGAGAUCAGCUAUGCCGGGGGAGGAUAUCGAGAGCAGGGUGGGGAAGAGCAAUCAUUCGUCUACAGCAAGCGCGUAUUCGCUAGAAGAUAGGGACCGAAAUUGGGUUUCGUGGUUGAUUCCGCUGUUUGUAGUUGCUAAUGUUGUGAUGUUUGUGGUGGAGAUGUAUUUGAAUAACUGCCCAAAGCGUAUCAAGAACAGGGUUUUCAGCUAUGGAGAUGACGGUGAUAAGUGUGUGGCGAGGUUUCUUGGGAGGUUGUCUUUCCAGCCUCUGAGGGAGAAUCCUUUGUUUGGGCCGUCUUCUUCCACAUUACAGAGAUUGGGUGCUCUGAAUUGGGCAAAGGUGGUGCAUCAGCAUCAAGGGUGGAGGCUUAUCUCGUGUAUCUGGUUACAUGCUGGUGUUAUUCAUUUGCUCGCAAAUAUGCUCAGUCUUGUCUUCAUUGGUAUUCGCCUCGAGCAGCAGUUCGGCUUCGUGCGCAUUGGCGUAAUCUAUCUAUUAUCUGGAUUUGGUGGCAGCAUAGUGUCCUCCUUGUUUAUACGCAACCGAAUUUCCGUUGGUGCAUCUGGUGCACUUUUUGGGCUUCUUGGAGCCAUGCUUUCCGAGUUAAUUACCAACUGGUCUAUAUAUAGCAACAAGGUCGCAGCACUGUUGACGCUUUUGGUGAUAGUUGUAAUAAACUUGGCUGUGGGAAUUCUUCCUCAUGUUGAUAACUUUGCGCAUAUUGGAGGAUUCUUGACCGGAUUCCUCCUCGGCUUUAUCCUGCUGCUCCGUCCUCAGUUUGGUUGGCUAGAACGCCGGAGUCUCCCGGUCGGUGUUCGUGCAAGGUCGAAAUAUAAGGCUUAUCAGUAUGUUCUAUGGCUGAUUUCUCUGACCCUACUUAUCGCAGGGUUUACCGUGGGGCUGGCCAUGCUGUUCCGGGGCGUAAAUGGAUAUGAACGAUGCCACUGGUGUCGAUACCUAAGCUGUGUCCCGACCUCCAAAUGGAAGUGUGAUGAAAGUUGAGAACUACUCCAAUUGGGGUGUGAAGCUUUAAGUUUAGGUUUAUAGUACAGGUGUAAAUGGGAGUUGUAGUUUGGAAUUGGUUAAUCGGUUGUUGGUUUGUUAUGGGGAUGUGUUCAUUAGUGUGUCUUCAUCCAGACCACUUGUGUAUUUCAGAGAAGCAUGCUCUUGCCAUCAUUGUUUCA